AUUUGUCACUUGGUUUAGGGAAGUGAUAUUUUUAUUUUGUUAUCUUUUUUUUUUCAAAUCAUUGGUCAUUUUCUAACCAAAUCACUGUACUUUUUCACACGACACGAACUUUAUUUUAUUAUCAUUUAUUUUAAAUUUGUACUCCGUGUGAUAAUGAUAGUUAAGUGUUUUCUAUUUAUAAGUUGUUGACAAGGAAAAUAUUUGUUUGUUUUAAGUUGACUUUAAAACUAGUAGUAGCCCAUUCGAUAUCAAGAUGCUGCAAAAGUUGUCAUUUGGUAGCUGGCGAGUCGUCGGCGCGGCGUGCAGUCUACCCAAAACGAGUGCCACCAUCAGAACGCUAUCGGCAACCAUGGAGAAAGGAUCCAACUUCUUUUUUAGACAGUUGUUCGACACUGUGAGCAGUACAUACACGUACUUGCUGGGCGACACCAAGUCGGGAGACGCGGUGCUCAUCGACCCUGUGUUGGAGCACGCGGAGAGAGACGCUGCUCUCAUCAAGGAGCUGGGCUUCAAGCUGGUUUAUGCACUGAACACCCACAUGCACGCAGACCAUAUAACAGGCACGGGCAAGCUGAAGUCCAUACUCCCUGACACUAAGAGUGUGAUCGGCAAGGCGUCGGGCGCUGCGGCCGACGUGCACCUCGUGGACGGUGAUGUGGUCACCUUCGGAGAACACAAGUUGUUGGCUACGGCCACUCCUGGACAUACCAACGGGUGCUUGACUUAUAUCUGCCAUGAAAAGGGUAUGGCGUUCACAGGCGACACUCUUCUCAUCCGGGGCUGUGGCAGAACAGACUUCCAAGAAGGCUCGGCUCAAACUCUGUACAACUCGGUACACAACCGUAUCUUCACGCUGCCCGACCACUACCUCCUGUACCCGGCACACGACUACCGAGGGCAGACCGCCACCACCGUGUGGGAGGAGAAGAAAUACAACCCCAGGCUGACCAAACCUUUGAAGGAGUUCAUCCAUAUCAUGGACAACUUGAACUUGCCGUACCCGAAAAUGAUUGACAAAGCCGUUCCCGCCAACAGAGUCUGCGGAAUACAUUACUAAGAAAGAAAGGUUAACUUGAUUAGUAAAAUACUAAUCACAUUUUUGUAUUAACCCCGUACCUAUUAAGUAGAUAGCCAAUGAAGGAAUAUUUCAAAAAAAAAAAUAUGCGUAAGUGCGUAAUAUAAUUGUGCACUAUACUUACUUAUUUUUUAUUCACAAACGAUAGAAGACGAAUUCAAACACAGUUUACCUGAAGAGCAAAACUAGGUUUUACUUCGAUUCUUUUUUUAUAAUAACUAUCGUGAGACAUUCUAAAUUAACUAAAAGUCAUGGUUUUCGAGUCAAAAGAGAAAACUCAAUCAUGAUUUUUUUAUUGAUUGAUUGACUCUUGAACAUGAAUAGCGUGCGCAGACGCUGCGACGACGCAUUAUUCUUCAUUAAUUUACGUGUGUAAACGGUGAUUUUUAGUUAAUUUGAUUCUUUCUCUUCAAUUUCUUACCCCAAACAUGUUAUGUAUAUGUAUAAUUUAGGCUGAUUUGACAUAAAGCAAUUUGUUUUUAUGUAAUUAAACAUCCCAAUUCAGACUUUUAUGAGGGAAAAGUCUUAAUUUGGUGAUUGUGCCCAAUCAAUUUGUCAUAUGAUAUUUUUAUCAGUUACUCUGAAACGAAAAAUAAACCUAAUGAAAUAUCUACACUGAAAAUGUUUUAAUGGCACUGUCUAUCACUGUCUAUCAUUGCAAUAUUUUGAAAAUCUAAAUGGUAUCUCUUAAUUCGGUACAACGCUUGGUUUCUUUUGGAGAUUAAAGUGUGUUCAAAAUACACACAAUAUACAAAAACUUAAUAUUAUUAAGACAUUUGGAAAGUCGAAUUCUUGCAAUAAUACUGUUUAGUUUGGAAUUUCACCUUUAAAUAUAUAUCAAAGCAUAUCAAAGUGAAGCCAAAGUUUAUAAAGAGUAUUUUUCUAGGCCUUUUUUCUGCUAGGCUCUUAGAUACCUUUUUUUAUGAAAUUCCGUUAUAACUUUAGUAGAUUAACACGCAGUCUGUGAUAACCUUCCCUAUAAAUGUAAAAAAAAAACAAAUAAACAAAUAUGUUUUGUGUUAAUAAAUAAACAAUUCCUUUUUUCGUGUAAUCAUUUACUUUGCCUAUACGUGAUAUAUUUGUAAAAUAGACAAAUUAAAUGUAUAUUUUGAAUAUAAUUAUUUUCCUAUAUACAUGUAACUACUUAUAAUUAUGUAAAGAUGUUUGUUAGUAAAGAUUUAUUUAUCAUUGUUUAAGCGAAAAUGUUUUUAUCUGUUCUUUUUGUGAAUGAAUACAUCUUGUUAAUUUA